AUGACCAGCUACCUCUCACACUUGGAAUGCACCAUCUGCGGAGCCGAGUAUCCGUCGGACCGCCUGUCCGGAGUCAGCCCCUGCUGUGGCAAAGUGCUCUACGCGCGUUACGACCUGCCCCGCAUCCGGGCCGAGGUCGAUCGCGAUCGCUUGGCCGAGCGCACACCCAACAUGUGGCGCUUCGCCGAGCUGCUGCCCGUAGAUGACCCCGACAACAUCGUGACCCUCGGAGAGGGUGGCACCCCCCUCAUGGAACUGAAGAACCUCGAACAGGCGUUGGGGGUCUCAAACCUCUAUGUGAAAGAAGAGGGGCUCAACCCCACAGGGACUUUCAAGGCUCGUGGUAUCGCCGCCGCGAUCUCAAAGGGCCUGGAGCUGGGCGCCACGGGCUUCACAAUGCCGUCGGCCGGCAACGCCGCUGGCGCCGCCGCCGCCUACUGUGCCCGCGCCGGUCUCUCCGCCAAGCUCAACCUCGUCGACGGUCUCAUCGGCGACGCGGGUCGCCAAGCCGUGGCCGUGGCCCAGGAGCAGGGCCUGUUCGACCUCUCAACCCUCAAGGAGCCCUACCGUGCCGAGGGCAAGAAGUCCAUGGGCCUCGAGCUUGCCAUGCAGUUCGGCUGGCGAAUGCCCGAGGCGAUCAUAUACCCCGCCGGUGGUGGCACCGGCAUCAUCGGGAUGCACAAGGGCUUCCUGGAGCUCUUGGAGCUUGGCUGGAUCAAGGGCGACCUGCCCAAGUUCAUCGCAGUGCAGGCAGAGGGCUGCCAGCCCAUCGUCAAGGCCUUCCACGAGGGCAAAGACACCGCCGAACCGUGGCCCAACGCCACCACCGUCGCCGACGGCCUGCGCGUCCCGGGCCCCUUCGCCGACUAUCUGAUGCUUCACGCCAUUCGCGACACCGGCGGGACGGCGCUCGCGGUCUCCGACGCCGACAUGAUCGCCGCCAUGUACGAGCUGGCCACCGCCGAGGGCAUCUUCGCCUGCCCUGAGGGCGCUGCCACGCUGGUGGGCUACAAGCGCCUAAUUGCCGAGGGCUUCCUGCGCAAGGACGAGACCACCGUGCUGUUCAACACCGGCUCAGGAUACAAAUACCUGCAGCUAAUCGAAGGCGUUAAGGGCUAG